AUGUGGCUGUGUGCUUCCCUCACAUCCUUCUUUCAGAAGCACUGUGAGGUGGGGCUCUCCUCCCCAUUGCACAGAUGGAAGACUGAGGUCUAUGAAGGCAGGGUGGUGUCCGGUCUACACCCUAGCGGAUGGUACAGCCAAGCCCACAAUGGUCUGUCUUUCUGCUGCACCAGCUGCCUCAGAGUGAAGGCCUGGGCAGGGGCCAAAGGGGCUGCUGUGGACCUUGGAGGGGGAGAUUUUACGCCCCAGAGGCAAGGAGGUGGCAAUGCCGUGCGGGGACCUGCAGGAACCAGGUCUGAAGGCUGGGGGGAGCCUAGUAUGCGUGGGGAUGGAGGAGGCGGGGGCAGUGAGGGCAGAAGUGGGGCUAGUGGGUCCGCAGCUGCUCAGGAGGGCCCUCCCCCUCCCCCGGCAGCGGGGGUAGGGGGUGGGGAAGUGGGAGGCGGAAAGGUGGGGCCUGGGCCCAGGGUGAGGUUGAGCAGCUCUUGCCAACCAGCCAGACCAGCUCCUGUGGGUGCUUGGCAUGAAAGCGAGAUGGAUUGGGAGGGAUGCUGGGGGAAGGGAUGGGCAGGGCAGAAGUGCCCAGUGACCUCGCACCUGGGGAGCCUCGCUUUGGGGCUCCCUGGAGGACCCUCAGCUUGGUUCUGGAGGGGAACUCGCAGUCCAGAUGGCACCAGGAGGCAGCUGAGACCCAGCGGUGUAGGACUCUGCCCCCAGCAUCUGGCCUGA